AUAAACUUGGGUUUACACAAAGCCAGAGUACUAGAUAGCUAGCUAAAACUAGAAACCAAAUAUUCCAAUGGCAACUAAGAAAAACCAAAGCCAAACAGUACUCUCUCCUCCUCUUCCUCUUCCUCUUCCUCUUCCUCUUCCUCUUCCAACAUUGGGAAUCAGAAACAGCUUUCAUUCCCUCCUUGCUAUUCUGAUCACAGUCUUAGUCAUCUCUGUUGUUUACCUCACCCAAAAUGGUGACCAAGUCUUGGAAGAUUGUGCCAAAAGCAACAAGUCCAAACUUAUUAAACCUUUAUUAUCCAUUGGUGUUCAACCCGAAUCCGAUUCGAAUAUGGGUUGUAAUCUGUUCUCGGGUAAGUGGGUUAUGGACAAUGAAUCUUACCCUCUGUACAACGAAAAACAAUGCACUUUCAUGUCUGAUCAGCUGGCCUGUGAGAAGUUUGGUAGACAAGACUUGAGCUUUCGGAAUUGGAGGUGGCAGCCUCACCAUUGCGACCUUCCCAGGUUCAAUGCCACAGUACUACUUGAGAGAUUAAGGAACAAGAGGCUUGUGUUUGUUGGGGACUCAUUGAAUAGAGGCAUGUGGGUUUCGAUGGUUUGCCUACUCGACUCAGCUAUUCUUCCAUCUUUCAAAACCAUGCACGCAAAUGGCUCCUUGAACAUCUUUAAGGCCACUGAAUACAACGCCACAGUAGAGUUUUACUGGGCACCAUUGUUGGUGGAAUCGAACUCGGAUGACCCAGUGAGUCACCGCGUGGCAGAUAGAAUAGUUAGAGUCCAAGCCAUAGAAGAGCAUGCUAAAUUUUGGACCAAUGCAGACAUUCUUGUUUUUAAUUCAUAUCUUUGGUGGAGAAGACCCAAAAUGAAAGUUUUGUGGGGAUCUUUUGAGAGAUCAUCAGAUGGUGUUUAUAAAGAGGUUAAGAUGUUAAGAGUGUAUGAGAUGGCUUUGAAGACAUGGUCUGAUUGGUUGGAAGUUCAUGUUAAUCCAAACAACACCCAAAUGUUUUUUGUUAGCAUGUCACCAAUCCAUGAAAGGGCUGAAGAAUGGGGUGGAGAUAAAGGUAAAAAUUGCUAUGGAGAAACAGAGCAAAUUUUUGAAGAGGGAUAUAGGGGAAGUGGGACAGAUCCCAAAAUGAUGAGAGUGGUAGAGAACACACUAGAUAACUUAAAAACAAGAGGCUUAAAUGUUCAAAUGCUUAACAUUACUCAACUCUCAGACUAUAGAAAAGAAGCUCAUCCCUCUAUUUAUAGAAAACAAUGGGAGCCUUUAACUGAGAAGCUCAAAGCCAACCCUAGCAGCUAUGCUGAUUGUGAUCAUUGGUGCCUUCCUGGUGUUCCUGAUGUUUGGAAUGAGCUUCUCUAUGCUUAUAUUUUUCGCCAAUGACCACAAACUCUAAGUUUGAUGAUCGAAUUUCGACUGGGAUAAGUGAUUUUCUUUAAACUAUUUCUUAUUUUUAUAAAUUGAUAGGAAAUCUUAAAUUCGAUAAUCGAAUUUCGAUUAAGAUCUAUCAUUUUUAUGUAUGUACAAAUGAAAAAGAAAAAGUGAAAUGAAAGAAAAUAGUUGUUGUAUUUUUUAUUU